AUGAUAGCUGGACAAGUCAGUAAGCCGGUGCUGUCAGUUCAGAGUGAAAUGAAUGCGGAGUUGAGAGGUGAGGACCAGGCUGCUACUCCAGACAGCGAGCUCAAUGAGCCCCUGCUUGCGCCCGUGGAAUCAAAUGACAGCGAGGACACUCCCAGCAAGCUUUUCGGGGCUAGAGGAAGCGCACCACCGCUCUCAGACCCAGGCACUCCUGACCACCACCAGGCAGGCCAGACACACCCUCCAUUUCCUGUUGGGUCACAGCCUCUUCUGACGGCACAGCAAUUAGCCUCUGCUGUGGCCGGCGUGAUGCCAGGAGGCCCACCAGCCCUCAAUCAGCCCAUCCUCAUCCCCUUCAACAUGGCUGGACAGCUAGGGGGUCAGCAAGGCCUGGUCCUCACCCUGCCCACAGCGAAUCUCACCAACAUCCAAGGGCUGGUAGCAGCAGCUGCAGCUGGAGGCAUUAUGACUUUGCCAUUGCAAAAUCUACAAGCUACCUCAUCCCUGAACUCCCAACUGCAACAGCUCCAGCAGCUCCAGCAGCUCCAGCAACAGCAGCAGCCGCCUCCACCACCAGCCAGCCAGCAUCCGCAGCCGGGCCCACAGGCGCCCUCGCAGCCCCAGCAGCCCCAGCCUCAGCCCGCCCCGCCUCAGCAGCCACCGCCUGCCUCCCAGAAGCUGCCAGCCCCUCCAGCUCAGCUCCAGCAAACUCCUCAGCCCCAGCAGCACCAACCCCAGAGCCAGAACCAGGCCUCUCCAACGCGGCAGAGCUCAAGCCCCGCUCAGAAAGCCAGUCAGUCGCCAGGGCAUGGCCUUCCAUCGCCGCUCUCGCCUCCCAACCCGCUCCAGCUGGUUAAUAAUCCGCUAGCAAGUCAGGCGGCGGCAGCUGCAGUGGCUAUGGGCUCCGUAGCCAGCUCGCAGGCCUUUGGCAAUGCCAUCUCCAGUCUUCAGGGGGUCACAGGUCAACUAGUUACUAAUGCACAAGGACAGAUCAUUGGGACCAUUCCACUGAUGCCUAACCCUGGGCCUUCGAGUCAAGCGGCCAGCAGCACUCAGGGCCUUCAAGUGCAGCCCAUCACCCCCCAGCUCCUGACCAAUGCCCAGGGCCAGAUCAUCGCCACCGUCAUUGGGAACCAAAUCCUGCCUGUGAUUAACACCCAGGGCAUCACACUCUCCCCCAUCAAGCCAGGCCAGCAGCUCCACCAACCCUCCCAGACGGCUGUGGGUCAAGCAGGCUCCCAAGGAAAUCUUCUACACCUGGCUCACAGCCAAGCAGCCAUGUCUCAAAGUCCGGUGCGGCAGGCUUCCUCCUCUUCCUCCUCAUCCUCCUCUUCUUCAGCUUUGAGCGUGGGCCAGUUGGUCAGCAAUCCUCAGACGGCAGCGGGUGAGGUGGAUGGGGUUAAUCUGGAGGAGAUCCGAGAAUUUGCCAAAGCUUUUAAAAUCCGUCGCCUGUCGCUUGGCCUGACCCAAACUCAGGUGGGACAAGCGCUCAGUGCUACCGAGGGCCCCGCCUACAGCCAGUCGGCCAUCUGCAGACACACCAUCCUGAGAAGCCACUUUUUCCUACCACAGGAAGCCCAAGAGAACACUAUAGCUAGCAGUCUGACAGCCAAACUGAACCCUGGCCUUUUGUAUCCUGCCAGGUUUGAAAAGCUGGACAUCACCCCUAAAAGUGCCCAGAAGAUCAAGCCGGUGCUUGAGCGGUGGAUGGCUGAGGCUGAGGCCCGCCAUCGAGCAGGUAUGCAGAACCUGACCGAGUUUAUCGGGAGUGAACCAUCCAAAAAGCGCAAGCGGCGCACCUCCUUCACCCCCCAGGCCCUUGAGAUCCUCAAUGCCCACUUUGAGAAGAACACACACCCCUCUGGGCAGGAAAUGACCGAAAUUGCCGAGAAGCUGAACUAUGAUCGGGAAGUAGUUAGGGUUUGGUUCUGCAAUAAGAGGCAGGCCCUGAAGAACACAAUUAAACGCUUAAAACAGCAUGAGCCGGCCACAGCAGUCCCUCUGGAGCCCCUAACAGACUCUCUAGAAGACAACUCCUAA